UACUCUCAACAAUAUACAUUUGUUUUAACAGUGUGUAUAACGCAUCGCAAUUUGUUUAUAUUUUAUUCCAUUACAUCUUGAAAAUAUUUUAUUAUAUCUUCAGUCAAAACAGUGUCUUUACGCACAACUUGUACAUUACGUCAUAUUUUGCGUUGUCAUAAGUCUUAACUUUGCCAAGUUAUACAUGUUUAAGUUUCGAGUUGUAAGCUUCCUCAUGUCAUGCUUGGUUUGUUCAAGUUUGUUUCGCAUUCAGAGCAAGAGUAAGUUGGUUAAAAAACCCAGCCUGAUUUUGUUAUGAUUGGGCAUGAAGAUUUCAUAAACUGAUUUUCAGUGUUACAAUCAGAGAGGACAACCUCUUUCUCUGCUACAGUGUUGGGCCCGUUCCACUGGACACAGACAUCAGUUCAACGUCGUUUUGAUUUACAUUUUGUUGAGUUGUCAACUAACGUGAAAUCAACGUGAAAUCAACGAACGUGGAGCAGUGUUUUGCAUGAAGUGAUGAAGCCAGAUGCCAACGCAGUGGAAUCUGAACCCGGCAGAGUACAGCCAGCGCGUGCUGUGGUCGUGGAGCGGAUAAAUGCCAUUGCGUGAAGCGCUAACCCCCACGAAGAGAACUCCAUGUCUUUCUUGGACUGCUCCUGCAUCUCCCCCACUCAGGUCCAGCCAAUCAGCAUAGAGGACCAGUAUGAGGACGUCAGCCACCAAUACCUGAGCUCCGACGUCUCAGAAUGCACUUUCACCUGGGGUGGUGCAGGCAGCGAUGACAUCACAGCGCUCUCUGCUAACUCCGCCCACUACCAGCUGCUGUCAGAGCUGGGGAAAGGCUUCAACAACCUGAGCCAGGUGCGCAUGGCGCGCCACACCCCCUCCCGCCAGCUGGUGGCAGUCAAGAACACCAACCUGGAUGAGUGUACUGAGGAUGAGCUGCUACAGUUGAUGAACGAGGUUCUUCUCUCCAGGCUUUUCCGCCACCCCAACCUGCUGACCUCUCGCCUGGUCUUCAGCUCCUGCUGCCAGCUCUGGGUCCUCACACCACUCAUGGGCUACGGUUCGGCAGAUAGCCUGCUGAGGACCUUCUUCCCUGACGGGAUGAGUGAGUCCCUGAUUGCUUACCUCCUCCACGGAGUCCUGAAGGCUCUGCAAUACCUGCACCUCAUGGGCUACGUGCACAGGGGAGUGAAGGCCAGUCACAUCCUGCUGUCUGGGGAGGGCCGUGUCUACCUCUCAGGGCUGCACAGUGUUUACAGUAUGAUGCGGGAUGGGAAGAAGGUGAGGACCGUGUACGACAUGCCCCACCACAGCCCCGCCCUGCUACCCUGGCUCAGCCCAGAGCUGCUACGACAGGACCUGCAUGGCUAUGGGGUGAAGUCAGACAUCUACAGUCUGGGGAUAGUAGUCUGUGAGCUGGUCAGUGGCAGGGUGCCUUUCCAGGACAUGCCCCCUACACAGAUGCUGCUCCAGAAGCUGCGUGGGUCCCACUGCUGCCUGCUGGACGUGGCCCCCUCCCCCCUAGGGGAGCUGAGGGGGCUGAAGGUGUCCCGCUCUGGGGUGGACUCUGGCAUCGGGGAGAGUGUUGCCACGGGCAGCCUGACCCGCACCGCCACCGCCGAGAGACCUCAGAGCCCCGCCCCCAAGAACCACUCGGUCACCCUGCACAACCUGGUCCAGCUGUGUCUGCAACAGCAGCCCGACUGCAGACCCUCUGCUUCUACACUGUUGACCCAUGCCUUCUUCAAACAGGUGAAAAGGCAUCAUACCCGGGACUCCUUCCUCAGUCUCAUAUACCCCGCGGUGCCCCUUGGAGUUUCCAGCCCCGAUGACCCCCCUGUGUCCUGCUCCCCUACCCCGUCCUGCCACCCCCCCACCUCCGCCAUCGCUCACUCCACAGAGGAGGUGUGGGACUUCUCCUAACCUUCCUCCCUGCCCCCUUCCACCUCUGCCCCCCACAUCCCAAAACCUGACAACCAAGCCUAACUCAAGACACUCAUAACGAUAAAAAAAACAGCGAGCCCAAACCUUUCUACUGUGCUCUGAUUGGACCUGUCCUACCCACCACUCUGAACCUUUCUACUGUGCUCUGAUUGGACCUGUCCUACCCACCACUCUGAACCUUUCUACUGUGCUCUGAUUGGACCUGUCCUACCCACCACUCUGAACCUUUCUACUGUGCUCUGAUUGGACCUGUCCUACCCACCACUCUGAACCUUUCUACUGUGCUCUGAUUGGACCUGUCCUACCCACCACUCUGAACCUUUCUACUGUGCUCUGAUUGGACCUGUCCUACCCACCACUCUGAACCUUUCUACUGUGCUCUGAUUGGACCUGUCCUACCCACCACUCUGAACCUUUCUACUGUGCUUUGAUUGGACCUGUCCUACCCACCACUCUGAGCCUUUCUACUGUGCUCUGAUUGGACCUGUCCUACCCACCACGCUGAGCCUUUCUACUGUGCUUUGAUUGGACCUGUCCUACCCACCACUCUGAGCCUUUCUACUGUGCUCUGAUUGGACCUGUCCUACCCACCACUCUGAGCCUUUCUACUGUGCUUUGAUUGGGCCUGUCCUACCCACCACUCUAAACCUUUCUACUGUGCUUUGAUUGGACCUGUCCUACCUACCACUCUGAGCCUUUCUACAAGUUUUCUAUGCUUUUCUAUGUUUGUUUUGGAACUCAAAUAAGGUUCUGCAGGUGGAUGUUUAUUGUCUUGAGUCUUGUCCUGGAGGCAGAACUGAGCCAUUUCCCCUUAGAUAGGCCAGCUGCUGGAAUAGGAGGGCGGGAUUAUUGAAGCUGCUCUGCCUGGACCAUCCAAUGAGGAUCUCUGUGCCAUGGGUGUGGCUGCCGGUCAACGACAAUGACAACCAAUGACGUUGCAGGACAGUUUAAAGACCUAUCACUGGACUCAUAUGGAUUGUACUACGAACAGUAAUGUGAACUAUUUUAGGCUAUUAGACUGUGAAAGGGCAUAGAUAAUAAUGUGUCGGGGUUUGAAGAGGAAGAUAAUAGAUAAUGAUCUGUAUUGGAGUUGGAGAGGGUAGAAGUGUUAAAUCACACGUGUGUGAGCAGAGACGGUACGAGAAUAGCUAGUGUGUUAGUGGAAGUUCUAUGCUUAUCCCUCUUGUCUUGUGAAACCAGCCUGAUCUCGCGAUAGCUCACAUUCCCGAAGUGAAACUAAACGUGAGCUCAGCAGUCCGUCUGAUUGACCAGGCUGCUAUCCCUCCCCCGUACAACCAGUGAAAUCCCUGUGAUCAAAUAAGAACUAUAACACUACCACUACUGUGGUUUGAGAUGCACUACACUAUACACGUCCUCCGAGUCAUAAUAAACGUAUGGGAGGGUCCUCAAUUGUAUCGUUUUAAUGAAAUCUGUGAACUGUUUAUGAUACAUUUAUGUGUUUUAUUCUGUGGUUGAUGAUUGUGUGUAUGAGAGACAUUGUAUGUAUCAGUGCAUAUCAAACAUGUUGUAGCUGUAUGAGCCUUAUAGAAGCGUUAUAAAUAUAUUCAUGAUCCA